UUGUGAGCACUCCCUUGCGCGUGCGUGUUGCUGCAGCAGUAACUCUGGUCUAACUUUCAGGUGAGCUUGAACAAGAGAGAUGAAAACUCCUGCAGUCUGAAGUCAGCAUGAUGGAUUAUAUCUGAGGUUGAAACUCUCCGGAGAGAAAGAACAGAACUUUAAAGAGUGAAGAAGGUUCCUAAUGACUUUCCCCUUCCCUCAUGCUCUCUUCAAACUCCCAUUCUCCUGUUUUUCUGUCUCAGAUUCCCCUUCCUCCUCUUCUGUAUUGCUCCUGCUUUAGCCUGAGGGUAGUAAUCUUUCUUUCUAUGAACUAACUAAUCUGUCACAGCGCUCUCUGUGUCUUCCUCCUCCUCAGCUGUCCUCUGUUUCCCUCCUCUCCUCUCCUCUCCUCUCCUCUCCUCUCCUCCCCGGUCAUGUCUGUAUCCAUGAGGAACCCUCCCCAGCGCCGGCGCUCUCUGGGUCCCGUCUCCCCAAAACGCAUCUACAGGAACCUGUCGGUCAGACUGCGUGGAGGAGAGUCAUCUGUUGGCGGGGAGACUGACCCGCCAAAACACCUCAGCAAGUCUGCAGACGCUUACAAGUCCCUGUGGGAAGCAGUGGAAAAUGAAGAUACUCUGGCCGUGCAGAGCCUGCUGUCCAGAGACCACACCAACUGUGGAGGAGGAGGAGGAGGAGGAGGGGGAGGAGGAGGAGGAGGGGGAGGAAGCUUGUGGGAGAGAGGAGAGAAGAAGAGCAAAGACUGGGAGCGAGAGAGGGAGAAGGGGGUGAACAGGGUGAGCGAUCAAGGCCUGGUCCCCCUGGACGUCGCUGCCCUUACCCACAAUUCUCCUCUGCUGCAUGUGCUGACGAAGGCGGGAGCCCGACACAAUCCCGUUUUGUGUCGACCCGCUGAGUGGGAGCUCAAGCUGGAUGCUCUGGUUGCUCUGGCGGGUAAACGGGUGGAGGAGAAGAAGAAGGAGUUGUUGAGGAAGGCCGGGGCAGGGCCUCAGGCGCAGGCUGACGUCCACAGACACAUCCGCCUCUGGAGCCUGAGGCUGCAGCUGUACUGCAGGAUGAGGGAGAACUUCCAGAGAACAGAGCUUCCAGGACCUCCCACUCACGUGUCCAUCGUGGUGACCAGCUCAUCGUCUCUGUUUCUGACCAUCAAAGAGCCAGAAGGAAACGCCAUGGGGCUCAUCACGCGCUACAGAGUGGAGUGGAGCACCUCAGCCAACUUCAAACGCAUCCUCGGCUCGGCACAAGUUACAGAGACAAAGAACCCGUCCCACAGUGUGAAGGGACUCACAGCGGGAGUUCAUUACUUUGUAAGAGUGAGUGCCUUCAAUAUGAGAGGAUGGGGGCCGCCUCAGUGCUCCGCUCCAGUCAGCGCUGCCCCCUCCAGUUGGAGAGAGUGCAGCGGUGUGAAGUCACAGCUCAGGAAUCACGAGGGCCUCGUGAGGAAGCUGCUGGAGGACGCACGAGAACCGACCUACAGAGGGUUCUGCAUAGAGAGCUCGAAGCCCCAGAGUCCCAGCAAGCGUCUGUCAGUGUCCCGCGGCAUCAAGCAACUCUUCCAGUCCGCCACCAAGUUUGUUCGUCUCCUACAGAGAGGUGUGUACUUGGCGACUGUGUUCUACCACAAAGAGAACAUCCUGGUGACGGCUGAGGAUCAGAUCCCCCUGGUGGACAUCCAGUGCUGCUCCACGUCCAUCACACACGACUUUGCUUGGUUUGCUAAGUUGUCGUGUGCGUGGCAGCAGGUUCCCUGGCUCCAGCAGGCCCUCUCCUCCGCUCACUCCUCCGCCUCCUCCCUCCUUCAAAACAGGCACAACAUAUUAAGAGCCGUCUCCCAGCUGCAGUCCUCUCUGGGAACCAUGGACCUGGGCCAGGUGUACUACGAACCUCUGAAAGACCGGCAGGGGAACGUGUUACUUGUGACUCUGAGGGAGUUCCCACAUCCUCCUGGUCCUCCUGACCCGCCGCUCCACUGGCUGCCUCUGGCCCGCCUGGAGAAGAACCGCAGCAGGACUCCUCUGCUGCCGGAGCCCACCGCCAUGGACAUGCUGAGCGAGCAGCUCAAGGAGAGACUGUCCUUCCACAGGCACAGCACUCAGUGGGCUCAGCCGGGUCUGUACGUGGGCAUCCUGAAACUGUGGAGCUCGGUCGAGCAGAUCCGGGUCCUGGUUCCUCAGAGGCUCCCCAAUCUGCUUUGCCACACUCGAGUCCGACACAACGCCCACGUCACCAGAGAGGAGUGGGAAUGGCUCCAGAGUCAUGUUUACACUACAACCAACGACAGCGCUCAGAGCCUGCUGGGCGGCGAGGACGAGAGCCUGAUGGAGAGCAGCGUGCUGGCAGAGUUCAUCAUGUCCGUGAGAGCCGCCGCCACACAUCUGCUGACGAAGCUCAACAUCCCCCUCUACAGGGCGUAUCAGUACGGCGUGUACACCCGGGAGCUGCUGCAGUUUGGAGACAAGGUGUCCAUGAUCCUGCUGCUCCCUCCCAGCGAGGACUUCAGCUCCAGUUACUGGCCUCUGGUGGGGACGAAGGAGCCGGGGCUCACCAUGCCUCUGCAGAUCUUCGAGCUGGUUCACUUCUGGACCUACGAGCGGGACUUCCUGUCCCAGUACUGCCAGGCCUGGGUGAGGCUGGAGCUGGACACUCACCUGGCCCAGCAGGCUCUGAGGGAGGCGCUCGACACCAAGGAGGUGCAGGAAGCCCGAGAGCGCCUGAACCACAUCACAGAGUUCUCUCAGCGUCUGGACCUGCUGUGGAGGGACGCGCGGUGGAUCAUGGACUGUCUGCAGUGCGUGCGAUCGAAGCAGUGGGUGGGGGCGGUCCCUCUGGGUCUGGUGAUGGGAGGAGACCCGCCCGCUCGUCCUGACGGCGAAGAGGAGGAGGACAGUUUGACCGCCAGGCUGACGUGGCCUCAACGGAUACAAGCUCAGAGAGCAGCUUCAGAGAGCUCAGUCAGCGCGACGCCUCCUAACGUGGUCACGGCCGAGGUCUCUGCUCCCUCAGGCGUCACGUCCGUCCCUGAGGAGGCGGCCCUGGUGUCCUCUGAGGGCGUGGCGAAGGGAGGAUACCCUGUAGACAUCACGUCUCAGUCCACCAUGGACCUGACGAGCAUCGGGCAGACGGACUUGGAGUGUGCGAGCGCUCUGAUUGAAUCAGGACUAGAGCCGGCGGCGGUGGCCCAGUUAGACGUGGGCUUCACGGUGCUGGACUCACAGGUGUCCUGUGAGGAGGAGGUCUUCCCUCCCAGCAUCACCGAGGUGAUCCGGCCCAUGGAGAUGGCAGAGCUGGUGGACAUUAUACCCACGCUGAGUCUGAUCGAGGAGGAGACCCCGAGCGGGCCGGCCUCCCCCUCAGUCAUGGACAUGCUGGAGAGCUUCGGGUUGGGGAUCGGAGAGAACCACACCUUCUUUGACCUGGACAGCUCAAACCUGGUCCACGGAGCUGGGUUUCAGGACUGUAACAGCACCAGCAGCGUUACGGCACACUGUGAGAACGCUGUGUUUGCAGGGUCAGACCGGUCCACCUCUCAGAUCGGAGCCGGCAACGCUCCUGCAGAGAGCUCAGAGACUCACAGCAAGGCAGCCAGCUUUCCUGUGAGGAACCAGGUGGAGUGGGAGAGACCCUCUAACAGCUCGUCCUGAUGUUCUCUCGGGAACCGGACUACUUCUUAAAACAGUCGACCAAUCAGCAGCCUGUAGCAUCUCUCUCUGUCCAUCAGAGCUCACCUGAGCAGCAGGAACCAGGAAAGGAGAGGGAACGUCGAGGUCAAACUAAAACCUGCUUCAUGUGACAGAAAACAAACUCAAGACUUCUUCUUCAUGUUUCUGUUUGACGGUCGGUCUGUUAGAGCGCCCCCCUGUGGAGGAUCACGGUACAACAGUUUAUGAAUAAAGUAUCAUCAGUCGCUACGACACACAGCUCAGAGCUCAGAGCAGGUAAACUGAAGCAUCAGGUGAACUCAGCUCGGUCACAUUCAGAGUUUGUUCUGUGGAUAUAAAAACAGCACUCAGACCAAAACAGGGACGAGAUUUAAAAUCGACUUUUUAAUGGUUCUCUACCUGAAAUCUGUGUCCCUGUCUACAAACCCCCUGAAAAGUCAAAGAAUCCAUUCUGCCCCUGUUCUGAUUUCUCCACCUUUCUGUAAAUGUGUGCUGAAACCAGCCGUUUCAGUUUUCAGUGUUUUUCAUACGUCACAACGCCAUCCGGUCUGUAACAGGAAGUCAGAGCUCGGAGCUUGUUCAGCCCAUAGACUGUAUAAAAUACAACUCAACCCCUCCUCCGUUUUCAUUCCCUGCACACAUGUGUGCUAACAAGGAGCUUAGGAGGGAGGCAUGCUAGUUGUAGGCUCUCUUAAUAAACACAAAGGUCGGUUUGACUCCCCACGUCUGCAGAUUUGAAGAUCUAGUGGAUGAUUUUUAUUUAUCAUGGAAAAGUGCUAGCGCUAGUUAGCAUAGCCACAUAGCUACAUGUUGGUAGCUGUGUACCAAGACACACGUCGACAUACUGACAAAUAAAACAACAAGAAACACUAAAUCUGUGACCAAUGGUUCAGAAAGGUCCUGCUGCAGGCGCCUCUCCGUCAGGAUCAGAUUCUGGAUCAGAUUAAGAGGGUUGAAGUAACGCGGGUCUGUGAGCAGCCGUGUAUAUUCAGCCGACAUGUAAACAUUAGAUCAACGUGCUGGACAGCUGAGGCCACACCCACUUCCUGAGGGGGCGUGGUCAGAGAGCUCAUUCUCAUUCGUAGCCUGUUCUGAGCAGGGCUGAAAAAGAGGGUUUUUCAGGCAGACCAAAAUCUGAUUUCAAAGUGUUUUUUUGAGCAUAAACUUUAAAGACAUGUUUUGGGGACCUCUUAGACCAAUAUAUGUUGAUGAAAAAGAGUGUAAUAUGUCACCUUUAAAAUCCUGUUCAGCUGAAACCUGAAUAUAAACGAAAUACACACAUUUAAAUAUUUAAAGACAAACGUUUUUGCUCAAAAGAUCCCUCACAGAGCAGCCCUUUGUUAGACUACUGAAGAGUUUCUCUUAUUCUCCUCCUGAUUUGGCUCCCACAGAGAUAUCAUCUUUAUUUACCUUUACCUCCUUCAUCCACUCGGAGCCAACAACAGUCUGAGGCACAGCCGGUCAAUAACAGAGACGAGGAGUCGUGCAGACUGGAUGAAGAGUUUGUGAUUAUCCGUCUGAGCUCUGAAGACUGAAGUGACUGAGUUUUAAUCUUGUGUAACUUGUGUCAAAGUUUAAAGUUUAUCCUAUUUGAACGUAAACGAUGGAAGUAUUUAAGAUGAUGAAGAUAUUCAAACAUGAACGUGUUGAAAACCACUUUUUAAGGUCUUUAUUUAAUGAAGUGUUCAGAGGUUUAAACUGCUGUGACAGGUGUUGAGAUCUUAUUAAACUGUACCUUACACACUCUGA